AUGGCUACCGUGGCUUCACAGUCUGACCCUCAAGCCAACAACCCCACUGGGAAGACGACAAUACAGGAGUCUCAAAGCCUAGUCCCUGUUUGCGACUGGACUGAAAAGGCUGAAACAAGACUGAGAAGAAAAAUUGAUUUCACAGUCUUACCGAUUCUCAUGCUCGGUCUCUUUGCCUUACAGCUUGAUAGAGGAAAUGUGGGCUAUGCCAUGACUACAACCUUCACCGAAGAUCUCGGUAUAACUAAGGAUAUCGUCAACUAUGGCAACCAGCUCAUGCUAGCCGCCGUUGUCAUCUUCGAGAUUCCCUUCAACAUGGUUUUGUCCAGGAUCGGCCCUGCACUUUGGCUUAUCAUACAGGUAUUUGCAUGGGGAACAAUCGCAACAGCUCAGGCAGCUAUACACAACAAGUCAGGAUUUUACGUCACACGCUUUCUGCUAGGAAUGUGGGAGGCUGGAUACUUGGCUGCUGCGCUGACGAUCAUCGCGUCAUUUUAUACGCGGAAAGAAAUGGCACUGCGAGCUACGCUGGUUUAUGUUGGGAAUUACUGCUCAGCUGGCGUGAGUGGGCUGCUUGCCGGCUUGAUCUUCAGAAUCCCAGAGACAAAUGGUUUGAAACGAUGGCAGUGGCUUUUCCUCAUCGAUGGCCUCUUUACUAUAGCUGUCGGCGUUGUUUUUAUCUUUAUCAUGCCCCGCUCCACGACCGACACGCUUCCACUCGCCGGCAUCAAAAGGUUCGACGUCUUCACCGACAAAGAGAGAGAUAUCCUUGCCAAGCGCGUCAUUCUUGAUGAUCCGCGCAAGUCAGUGAAACUCUCUGGAAUCAGUCCCAUGACUGCGCUGCGCAUUUGCUUCUCAAACUUUCCCAUGUGGGGUCAUUUCAGCAUCAACGCUGUUAAUAUUACUCCCAAAGGAGGGUUGGUCUUCUAUACGCCUACCAUCAUCAAGAAUCUCGGCUUCUCUGCAUCGACUGCUAGUUUCUUGUCAGCUGUUCACAACUUUGGAGUAUGUAUCUUGUCAAUCUUCGUGUCUUGGAUCAGCGACAAGACAUUGUUACGAGGCCCGGUUUGUCUAUUGUCUGGCGUAUAUUCACUUGUCUUCUCAGGGGUUCAAUACGCUGUCGUCGGGAGUAGCGAUGUCUGGAUGAAAUACGCCAUACUGACGCUUCUUAACUCUGGUGUGGCGAUAGCUCAGGCGCUUAAUGAUGCGUGGUUCAGCAUCAACACUCACGAUCCUCAGAUCCGAUGUAUUGGUAUUGCACUGGCUGUUACGGGUUCCAACGUUGGAGGACUCGCUGGGCAGAACAUAUUUCAAGAAAGUGAUGCACCAUACUACCCAAAUGGCUUUCUAAAGAUCCUAUGUCUUUAUGCAGGGAGUAUUGUACUUAUUGCUGGUAUGAUACUCUACUACUGGAAUGAUAACCGAAAGAUGAAAAUGGCGGGAGAGCUGGAAGAUGUGGAUGAGGUGGAGGGAUCUGAUAGGGGACAGAUAAAGAAGGUUAGGAAUCAGCUUUAG